GUGCUGCCUGCGGUUAGAGUAUCAGUCCGAGGGUAGCGCAGCAGGAAAGCACUUGGAGAAGCAGAACAUAUCGCAUGCCGAUGCUGGAUUAUAAGGAUGCAGGAGAUGAUGCAGAGGUAGACCGUCUUAAGCUGUUGGCUUUUCACAUUUAUAACAAGAGGCAUAAGGGCGUUUUUGCUAAGAGUGAUACUGGUGCAUGGUAUGAGGUUGAUGGAAAAAUAGUGAGAACGAUGAUGAGCCCUGUCACAUGUAGAAGCGUUCUGCAGGUUUCUUUUCUCCUCCUCUUAAUUGGACAAACACAUGGUAGAGUGACGGCGCCGGCACGUUUGAAAGCACCAGUGGACAAACCCUUUACACUGACCUGCACACUUUUAAAGGACCGUGGUGAAACUUUGAGGGAGGUCCAUUGGCUGGACGAUAAGAAUGAGACCCUGCUGAGCUACCGGCCAGGUAACAGAGACAGCGUGAGUGGACAGCAGCAUGUGGAGCUCGCCACCUCACCAAAGGACUCCUCAGCGAUCACCAUUCGCAGGGUGGGCUUCCGUGAUGAAGGCUGCUACACUUGCAUCUUUGAGCUGAGUCCUGCAGGUUCAAAGCAAGGACAGACGUGUCUCACUGUUGACGCCGAAGUCACAUCUGAGAGAAACAAAACAGCAGUGAGCGGCAAGAAGGCGUCCCUGUCAUGCUCCUUUGGUUUGCCCGAAAAGGUGCAGCAGAUACUGUGGAAACACACGCCUGCUCAAGGCGAAUCAACAGAGGUGGCCUCUUUUGCAAAACGGAGCGACCCCAUGAUCGAGCCAGCUUAUCAGGGGAGAGUCUGGCUCUCUGCUUCUCUGUCAGACAGUGAGCUUACGAUCCAGCCUGUUGCCAUCCAGGAUGAGGGUUGCUACACCUGCUUCUACGAGACGCACACUGAGGGGACAAAGAGCUCUGUGGUCUGUCUCUCUACCUACGUUCUUCCAAAACCUCAGGUGAGCUACAAGACCGCGUCUCCAGGCGUGAUCGAAGCCAACUGCACGUCUGUAUCUCGGCCUCCUGCAGAGAUUGUGUGGAAUGUGGAGACCGACAACCGCACCAUAGGCUCCCCUGUGACCGCGCAUCUCCGUCAGGAUGACGGGACCACUCUAGUCAUCAGCACGCUGACCGUCCAAUCAGGGCUGCUUAAAGAUGUGUCUGUCAAAUGCUUGGUGCAUCACAAAGGGCUCGAGUCACCCAUCGCUGUAUCCAUGAACACUAAGAUUGGCACAGCUCUCACCAUCCUGAUCUCUGUCACCACGGUCGCAGCUCUGCUGGUGAUGUCCUUGUGCUUCUGCCUUUGGAAGUGUUUUUUGCGUAAAGAAGGUGAUUAAUCUUAGACACAAGAGCUGAAAAGAGGAUCUUCUCAGGACCGUCCUUUCCCUGCCAUAUCCUCCUCAUCAUCACCAUAUCUAUUACUAUAUGGUUGGAAAGGGAAGAUGCUCUCAAAUUCCUUAAGGGCUGUCCAGCACAAUCCUAUUCAUCAUCACCAACUGGGUGACAUUCAGCUUUACUUUGACUCUUCCAUAGUCUUCUUUUUUUACUAUUUUUGUUCAUCUCAGCUCUGUAAUUGAUUGAGUCGAUAGCUCCACAUUCCAGAACAGCGGAGUCUCUGUGCGGCUGAGUUGAGUUAUUUUGCAGAACAUUACAUGCCCUCAGAAAACCUUUCUGUGGUUGUCUCUGUUUUUUUCAUGAACCUCAGAGAUGUGUCGUAAUAUUUUCUAUUUUCCUUAAAAUGUAAUACAAACUCCAAAAAACCAAAACGUUUGAACUUGAAUGAAGUUUUAGCAUUACAAAUAUUGUCUUUGAAUUAUAAGAUUGACAGCUCAUUAUUUUGAGAGCUAAAAGGGUUUAUAAAAAAAUGUAAGAAAUUAAAAUUCUUAUGGUAAACUGUAAUCUGUCUUCCAAAAGUAUUCAUACCACCUUGAAUAACAAAUUUUAAAGUAUUUUCUCACAAUUUUAUCUGAUAGAUCAAAUCAAAAUAAUGGAUAGAUGUGAAGUGGAAGGUAAAUAAUACGCUGGAUGAGCUCAGGUAGAAGAAUAUGUUGACGUGACAGGACAACUGUCCGUUAUAAAUCUGGUCAGACUGGAAGUAAGAAAUGAAUUCUUGAAACAAAAUUGCAGAAAAUAUUUGUCUCAAUCCAAGAAGUGAUUAAAAAAAAAUGUAGAAAGCUUUGGUCAGAGGAAAACCAAAAUGUUUUCCUAGUUGCAGUACACUACAUGUGACAGAAAAGUAUCGCUGCCCAUUCCCCACAAUGAAACCUGGAGGGAGCAACAUCAUGUUGUGGAAAAGCUUUUCUUUAGCUGAGACAAGAAGGUUUGUUAGAGAUUAACUGGGGCAAAGAUUUACUGAGCUUGUGCUGUUUUUGCAUGGAAAAAUGGGCUAACGCUUCAGUGUUUGCAACAUGACAAAAUUAUGAAAAGUUCAAAGGUCAUGAAUACUUUCGUAAGGCACUGCAUUCCAAAUGUUUUUUUCAUAACUAUGCUUUUUUACAUCCUUUUUUUUCUUUUCUUUCUUUUUUUUUUAUAAUGUGCGUCUGUUUUUUGUUAAAUGUUAAAUUCUCCGGUCAGAUGGCUUGAAUCAAUUUCAAAAGCCUUUUCGUUGCCCCUGAAAGAAUGUGUGUCCUGCUGCUCACUGUGCAGUCGGGCACUUUCUGUCUCAACGCCCUAAAAAAAUGACUUGAGCACUUCAGGUUAAAUAGCUCAAAGGAUCUCUCUGUUCUUUAAAAAUCCCUCUCACUCUGGACCAAACAUACAGAAACAUCAAAGCAUGAAAGAAAAUGCAUUGAUGCUUCUAGAUUAUCUUUUUUCUUUUUCUUUUUUUUUUGGCAUUUUUAACUGACUUUUUAUUAUCAAAGCUAUGACUCGAAACAUUAUAGUUACUGAAGCGAAUGACUUGCAUUUUUUCUUGUUUAUUGAUGGAUGUAAGACAUGGAAGUCAUCAGAAUUGUGUUAGAAAUAACAUUCCUGCCCUCUGAAGGCUUUCAAUCACACAAAAAUACUGUUUCAGUGAAGACACAUUAUGAAAACCAUCACAUGUAAAAUAACUGUAAAAGAAUAAAUAAAUGACUGAAAAAGUAACCGUGGAGUCUCUCUGCCACCGUUUUUUGAGCUUUAUGCUCUAUGUCUUUAAGUGGAUUCAGAGAAAGAUCAAAUGUUGUACCAAAUCUGCCUGCCAGAUGCUGAUUUUUUUUUUCAUCUAAGCCAGAGCUUUGAGAAUAGAUCUUCUGAAAUGAUGAAAAAAAAGAUGCACCCAUAUGCUUUCAGAAACUUACACCAUGCCUUUCUCAAGUAAUGCAAGUAAUUGAUGGUAACGUUUGUUUUCCUGCACAAAAUGCACGUGUGGUAUUUAAUUCAGCACUUGUGGAAACAGUCAGCUGUAGAAAUAAUUCUUGAUUACGUUAGUCAGACUACUUAAGUUAGGAAUUUGUGUUGCACCACCAUGUCUUCGACAUUACGCCAACCAUUUCAGAAAUGAUUUAUGUAGUAGAACCACUCAGACUUAGAUUCACGUAACUUAUCUCAGAAAUAUAAAGCGUGUAUGUAUGUGUUGUAUGAAAGCUUAUUUGGGAAUCCGUGCAUAAAAUAAACUUGUGGGUGAGACA